GCUGCUUGAAGGAGCUCGGAGAAUCGCCGCGACGUAACAACCUCCAAAUUCCUGCUCCUGUUCUCGGAAGCAGCACGAUGACUUCUCCGUCCAUAGGACCAGCUCAUGCAUGCUGAGAAUCACWGUGACCUUGCAUCUCCAUCUGCUUCGUAGACUUCUAUUAGAAACUCUGGAGCUUAAACAGUUGCUUUGGGUAGACGAUGCUCAGAGAGACUAUGAAGUCCUGGAGCGACAGCCAGUCAGACCUCUAUAGCAGUGACCAAGAAGAAGAAGAACAGAUGAUUUUUGGAGAAAAUGAAGAAGAUUUGGAAGAGAUGAUGGAUUUAAGUGACUUGCCUACCUCACUCUUUGCUUGCAGUGUCCAUGAAGCUGUGUUUGAGGUACAAGAAGAAAAGGAAAGAUUUGAAGCACUUUUCACAGUCUAUGAUAAUCAAGUUACAUUCCAGUUGUUUAAAAGCUUUAGAAGAGUAAGGAUAAACUUCAGCAAUCCAGAGGCAGCAGCAAGAGCACGGAUAGAGCUACAUGAGACUGACUUCAAUGAGAAAAAGUUGAAGCUGUAUUUUGCACAGGCACAGGUUUCUGGUGAAAUAGGAGACAAGUCCUACCUUCUUCCUCCACAACCUGUCAAGCAGUUCCUGAUAUCACCACCUGCGUCUCCACCAGUUGGAUGGAAGCAGAGUGAAGAUGCGACUCCGCUUAUAAACUAUGACCUGCUUUGUGCUGUCUCCAAGUUGGGUCCAGGGGAGAAGUACGAACUUCAUGCAGGAACAGAAUCGACUCCUAGUGUAGUGGUCCAUGUCUGUGAAAGUGAGACGGAGGAGGAAGAGGAAAUAAAAAACCCCAAGCAGAAGAUCAUGCAGACGAGGCGUCCAGAACCRCCUGCAAUACUGAAUGAAUCCAAAGCGUUUGAUUGUACACUGGAGGUAGGGGGUACUAUGCACUGUUAAAUCAUGUGCUGCUCAAGGCAGUAUCAGCCAUCAGACAUGCAGUGAGUAACUGAUGUUUGUACUACUGCUAUGUGUUUUAAAUAGCAGCAAGUUUUACCUGUAGUUGUCUCUCAUGUUCAAAUUUUGGAUGCCAGUGCUCUAAAAAGCACUAUAGUUUUAAGGACUGGGUUCCCAAUGUAGCAAAUUCCCCUGACUUGAAUAGUGAAAAAUGAGAAGUGCUUUUCUUUCUUCCUAUUUUUUUUAAGCUGUUACCAUACUCUUUAUACUGAAUAGUGUGAUGUACUGAGUGUUGAAAUAAUACCUUUAUAUUACUAUUGGAUUCAAGAGAGUUCAGUGUGUAGCUGUUACAGCUGAUUUGUACCGGUACAACAGCUUCCAGUUAAUAUAAUGAUUAAGUGUAACGUACUCUUUAUGUUAAAAUGCCUUCCCAGCUAGUGAUCUCCCGAGGUGGCUGAUUUGCAAAUUGAUCAUUCGUGAAAGUGCUCUGCUUACCUCUCUCAGAAUUGCCAAGCGUUUGCUCUUAAWUUGACAUGAGGCACAACGGGGACAAUUACAGGUAUGGAACUGAAUUAAAGUAG